AGAAAGGGCAAAAAAAAAGAAAGAAAGAAAACAACAUAGGGUGAGGAGAAGCGCAUAUUCCGUGGUUCCAGGCUUGCUCUCCAACUCCAAGUGAUGGGUUUGCUUGGAAGCCAACCGAAUCUCCCUUCUCUCUUAUCCUUCUCGUUCCCCCCUCACAUCAUUACCAAACUCACCUCUUCUCUUCCCCUUCUCUUUCUUCUUUUUCAGCACUUGGCAUAGAGGCAAGGCAACACAUGCCUUUAUCGUGCUCUACUUUUGCUUCAUUUUCGGUUAUAUAACUCUUUCUCUCCCUUUUUUACUCCUUCCCUAGUUAUUCCUGUGAUUGUUUGGAGCCAACCCUUUUCUUAACCAACCUUAGCAAAGUGUCGAGUGCAUACAGCUCCAAGAUGGACACUUUUCUGCUGGCCCUUUCCCCCGGUUCUUUUCUAUUUGUUUCUCUCCACUCCCCUCUUCACUCCACACCUCUCCUAUUUCCACCUAAUUUCCUAUAUUUUAUCUUCUCCUCUUUUCUCUCUCUCUCUCUUAGCUAUAGCCUAUAUGAGUCUGUGAGCUUGGCAACGGAAGGAAUGGCGGACUAAUUCACGGUUACUCUUCGCAAGAGGAAAGGGUGGCUUUUGACUCCUCUCGCUAUAUAUAAAUAAACAAACCCCCACCAUCCCAUCUUCACUAUAAAUAUAUUAUCGACACCCUCUUCCACUCCAUCCACUUCGCUUGCACCGUCACUCUCUCUUGUUUUCUCCUCCUCUCUCUCUCUCGUCUUAGGGGAAGGGGAGAUGGAAACUCCGGAAGAAGCCAUGGGAUCCAGCAGCACCACCAGCAACGGCGUCGGCGAGUGCACGCAUGGCACCGCUGCCGUUGUCGUGAAGGGCAAGCGCACCAAGCGGCAGAGGAUCCACCCGCCGGCCCUGGCGGCCACGGACUCCUCGUCGGCCUCUUCGGCUGAUGCCUGGGGAAGCGUCACCGAGGAGGAGGAGGACAUGGCCAAUUGUCUCAUCCUCCUCGCCCAGGGCCACGCCUUGGAUGCCUGCGGCCCCAAGGCGGAAUCGCCGGCAGAGGAUCAGAAGUUCACGAGCCGGAGACUCACCGAGGCUGCCACAGCAACCAGUGGCAAGGCCGGGUUCUACGUCUAUGAGUGCAAGACAUGCAACAAAUGCUUCCCGUCGUUCCAGGCACUCGGCGGGCACCGCACCAGCCACAAGAAGCCCAAGAUGGCGGUGGUUGCGCCGGCGGCUGAGGAGAAGAAAGCGAUGGUCGACGAAGAUAUGCUUCAGAUAAGUAUGAAUUCUUUCUCCAAGGCAAUUGCGAGCAGCAUCAAGCCGAGGGUACAUGGGUGCUCGAUAUGCGGGUCGGAGUUCAACUCCGGGCAGGCGCUGGGGGGCCACAUGCGGCGGCACCGGCCGUUGGUCAUCCCGGAGGUCCCUGAAGCCAAGAAGGAGAGGACUAUCCUCUCCUUGGAUCUAAACCUCCCCGCGCCCUCCGACGACGAGCGGGCCGAGCUCCAGAGGCCACCCUCGCCGGCUUUCUCCUUUCCCAGCAAGCGGCCGCUUAUCUUCUCGGCGUCAGCGUCAGCUCUGGUGGAUUGCCGUUACUGAGAGGGAACUAAUGGAAGCAAAGCUAUCCAUCCUUUCUUUCCUUCUUUUUUGUUUGUUCAAACAAAUUGAAUUGGGAAUUAUGUAGUUCAUGUGAAUUGCUUAUGUCUUUUUUUUGGUAAAUAAUUACUUAUCUUUGCAAGUC